CGAGGUGCCCGGAUGGCGGGAUGAGUGUCCGGCUCAGCGCCGACAUGAUCAAACAUUAUGAAGCGCUGGAUUUCCAGUUCUGCGACGAGGUCGGGAAGUACGAGAAGCUGGCCAAGAUCGGGCAGGGCACUUUCGGGGAAGUGUUCAAAGCACGUCAUCGCCAGACAGGCAAAAAGGUGGCUUUGAAGAAAGUCCUGAUGGAAAAUGAAAAGGAAGGGUUUCCCAUCACAGCCCUGCGAGAGAUAAAAAUUCUACAACUGCUGAAACAUGAAAAUGUAGUGAAUCUUAUUGAGAUCUGCCGCACUAAAGCUACACAGUAUAACCGCUACAAAGGCAGCAUCUACUUGGUAUUUGACUUCUGUGAGCAUGACCUUGCUGGAUUGCUCAGUAAUGCUAAUGUGAAGUUCACAUUGGCAGAAAUCAAGAAGGUAAUGCAGAUGUUGCUGAAUGGACUCUACUACAUUCAUCGAAACAAGAUUUUGCAUCGAGAUAUGAAAGCAGCAAAUGUGUUGAUCACCCGGGAUGGUGUUCUGAAGCUGGCUGACUUUGGUCUGGCUCGAGCAUUCAGCCUAGCCAAGAAUAGCCAGCCAAACCGCUAUACCAACAGGGUAGUAACCCUAUGGUACCGGCCACCAGAACUCUUGCUAGGUGAGCGAGAUUAUGGACCACCCAUAGAUCUGUGGGGAGCUGGGUGCAUCAUGGCUGAGAUGUGGACUCGAAGUCCCAUAAUGCAGGGUAACACAGAACAGCAUCAGUUAACCCUGAUCAGUCAGCUCUGUGGCUCCAUCACAGCAGAGGUUUGGCCUAAUGUUGAAAAGUAUGAAUUCUACCAAAAACUGGAAUUACCCAAAGGUCAGAAACGAAAGGUCAAAGAUCGGCUGAAGGCUUAUGUGAAAGAUCCUUAUGCACUGGACCUCAUUGACAAGUUGCUUGUCCUUGACCCUGCCCAGAGAAUUGACAGUGACGAUGCACUUAAUCAUGAUUUCUUCUGGACUGACCCCAUGCCUUCUGAUCUCAAAAAUAUGCUCUCGACGCACAACCAGUCAAUGUUUGAAUACUUGGCCCCGCCCAGGAGACGAGCUAGUCACAUGCCUCAGCAAUCAACAACUCAGAACAAGAAUCCUGCUGCUGCCAACCAGACAGAGUUUGAUCGUGUGUUCUGAAUGUGUUUAACGAGGUUAAUGGAUCGAAGAGACAGGUUAUUUUAUUUAUAUGAUGGUGCCAUAUUUGAGCUAUUAUGAUUUUAAAAUAUUGAACGUUCUACAUAUUAAUUGUGCCUAUUACUGAUCAGGUGUUGAUACCAUGCUAGAGAUACUUCUCUUCCAGAACCAAAAACUGAACUGAGGUUCCAGAAGUGACGCUCAUAUUGUGGGGGCUUAGAUUAAUUUCAGUUUUUCCCGGGGUGCUGUGGUUAUGAGCAUCAGUUUAGAAUUGUUCUGGAGUUCUCUGUUAACAAUUUCAAUCAUUUCAUGUUUGGCCGAUUGCUGAGUUGUCUCAGGCACUAUGGGUGGCUCAGAACAUGUGCAUACAGUGGAGAGCUAGAUUCUGGGUUUGUUCAUUGAUCUCCAUGAUAUGAGUUGCUUGCCUGUCAAGACCCUGAUGGUGCUCCACUGGGAAGGGAAGACAAGUUGAGCAGUAGCUUGUAAAGAGGUUGCCUCUCAUACCAGUAAUGAGAUUUGGAAACUUGGGGAAGAGAAUGAUUUAUAUUCAUUUAACUUUACUGAGGUCUGGGGAUUCAGAUCUUUGGAUGCUAAGGCAAUCGCUUUUAAAAGAGGUAGACCUUUACAAACAGUUAAUUUGCAAACUUCCAACACACUCAGGGUGUUGAAAUACCACGACAUCAUUUGUUGGUGAGAGCGGCCUCAUUGAGGUCAUGGCUGUUUCUCCCUGAAAUCAAAAAUAGCUGGAUAUUUGCUUCACUUUCAGGCAUUAAUAUAGUCAACAGGACUGUGCUGUACAUUUGUUGAAGUUUCUAAAAAUAUAUUUUUUUAAUUAUAGCAAAAUGUGUUUCUCACAGAAGUUGAUAUUUCACACCUGUUUGUUGUUGUUGUUUGGUGAUGCAUUCCAUUUGUGAUGAUGGAUUUCUGAUUCCUGUUCUAAUGUUGCCUGGUUACUGAAUGCUCAUUUGGAGCUGGCUGGAUUAAGGUGAAUUGAGUAAAUGGAGGUUGUUCUGUCAAGUUACAUGUUUUAAUUCCAAUAUCAGCAUUUUGACGUGUGUUCUUUUUCUGUCUCUUCCCUAGUCAGCCCAUCCACUUUGGUGCAGUAGUGCUUAGCUGGCUGAGUCAUGUGAUCAAAACCACCAACUGGUUGCAGUGUUCCUCACUUUAGCCAAAAGUGUACACACUGUAGAGACUGAGAUGGGGAGGCUUCAGUUAGUUUAUGUAAAUGCAGUACUGCUUUAGAAAAGGUACACUUGAAAACCAAAUUGGCUGAGCUGCUUUUAUGAAACUGAAAGCUAUCUUAAACAGUCCCUUAAUUACAGUUUAAUGAUCCAGACUUUAUUGAUGUGUGGAGACCAAUUUGCCCAUUGGCAGUAUAGAACAGUUCUUGAUUGUCACUAGUAUUGUUGGUACUUGACUCUGAAUGCAGUUUAUAUGACGGAGUUGAAAUAUCAUGAAAGCUUUAGCUCUUAUGGUGAAGUGCAGGAGGGACACAAUUUAGGAAGUACAGUUAAUGUGCAAUUCUUCAGUACAAGCAAUUUCAGUACGAAGAGUUUGUUACUUGUACAGUGCAAGUUUAGUGCGAAUUAGCUAUCAUUUUGUAGUAAAGUACAUCCACGUUGAAUAUGAAUUCUAUCUUGUUCCAGUUUGUAAAAUAAACUUGUAAAACACA